AAGGAUUAUAGUACUAUUACUUGACCAUCCUUAGCUGAUAAACGAAAUCGAGAUCAACUUAGAAAACCAAGAAGAAGGAAGGAAGGAAGGAUGAUAAACUGGGUUGCCCUUUCCCUUGUUCUAACUUCACUUGCCACGGCCGCUCUUUGGUCUCCGGCCCCACCAAAAAAUAACCACAAAAGCAAUGAUCACGACCAAGUAAUUGUCAAAGAAGGCCACCGUGUUGUGGUCGUAGAGUACGACGAAGAAAUGAAACCAAAAACAAGGGUUUCAAUCUCACCUGAAGACGACGCCACUCGCUACGACUUCCCCGAGCAAACCGUAACGACGUCGUUUCUCGGAAACGCAAAGGAUAAGCUUAAAGAAGUUUCUUCAAGCUUUAUCCCAAACCUAGGCCAACAAGGAGGUGAACAUCAUCCUCGAACUUCAAGAGAACUCUUUUGCGACGCUUACGGGAAAUGCAAGCACAAAAUCGCAGUGGCUAUUGACAAGACCAUGGGGUUAGCCCACGAUGACAUCGAUAUGAAGAUUCGAGCGGCCCAUACAGUUGAAAAGGCUGCUGUGAAAGGCAAAGAGGCCGUAGUAAAUAAGGCCCGUAAAGUCGAAGAGGCUGCCGAAGAAGCAUACGAUAAGACUAAAGAGAGCGUACGACAUGUGGCCCAUGAAGUGGAAGAACAUGCAAAAGAAUCGGCCCAAGUGACGAAGGCAGCUAUAAAGGGCACAAAGAAUUUGGCAAAAACGAUCGGCAUCGACGUGGCGAAGAACGUUACUGGGUUUUUGGGGUAUGCGGGGAAACACGUGGCCAAAAAAGCUGCUUUCUUUAGUGGCCUUGCGUCUACCAAGGCUUUGAGUCCUGUUCCAGGAAUGAUGUAUUUAAUUGGAUACGGUAUCGCGUACGGGACUAGCGUGUGGGUGACGUUCGUAUCUAGCCACGUGUUGGCUGGAAGCUUGCCUAUGCAACAGUUCGGCUUGGUUCAGAGUAAGCUUUACCCAGUUUAUUUUAGGACUAUGGCGUCGAGUAUUGGGACAGCGUUGGUUGGUUUCGUGGUUAGCCAUAGAGGGCGGGCCUUAACCCGCGACUUCCACAAAAUUCAAUUUUAUAACCUUUUGGCUUCCUUAUCUCUCGUUUUGAUUAAUAUGCUCUACUUCGAACCCAAAGCUACUAAGGUAAUGUUUGAGAGGAUGAAGUUGGAGAAAGAUGAAGGAAGAGGAAGCAGGGAAGAAGAGCUAAUAACCACCACUGACCAUUCGCCAAUGUCAUCAACUAUUAGCCCUACACUGAGGAAGAAAACCGCUGCCACCACGGCUUCGGUGGCAAUCGAAACUCCAGAGCAGGAGGCCGAUAUUCGGAAUCGACUUAAGGCAUUGAAUACGACGUUAAAGAACCUAAACAUGGCUUCAUCAUCGGUUAACAUCCUAUGCCUAAUGUCGCUCUCUUGGCAUGUCUAUUACCUUGCUCAACGACUUGACCUGACCUGACCUGAUUAUUCAUGAAAGUAAAAGCGACAGUAGUAGUGAUUUUGGUGCAUUUUGGCUGUGUUUCUUUUCUGGGUGCAUGCUUCGGGUGUUAUUUCUAGCUAGUAUUAAGAGUAGUAAUUAUGUAUGUUUUGGUUUUGUUAGAAUUAUUAAGUGAUAUACAUGCUUGGAAGUUUCCUUUUAGUAUUAAUAAUAUUAGUAAGUAAAUAUAUUUCCUCGAGUUUAUAUAAAAAAAAAAUGUAUAGUGUUGUGAUUCGGUUGGUAGUGUAUUUGUUUCCUCCUGUUUCUAGUUUUAUUUAGUAAAUAUUAUUUUAGAUU